GUAUUAGUGACGACCAAAGUCCACAGAGCCUUUCUGUAAAAGUGGAAGUGAAUUUGGAGAAGAAACAACAAUGGAGGAAGAUGCAGUGUUUAUGAAAGUUGCAAAAGUCAUAUCAGCUAUAAAAAACGCCAACCACGUUGAUCAAGUUAUUACUUCACUUCACUCCAUCGCCACCCUUCUUUUCCCUCUCCACCCUAAUCUUCUCCAAGGUAGCGGCGUUGAUGAGAGUUACAGAGAACAGAUUUUGAAUGUGAAGGUUCCUUCUUCAAAGGAACGAGAUGAUUGGUGGCGUGUCUUUUAUCAAGGACCUGCUUUUUCUACACUUGCUAGGUUCUUGUUACUUGAUGUUGCCUCCAACUGGUUGGCUUGUUUCCCCUUUUCAGCACAGAAAUAUGUUUACGAUGUUUUCUUUGUUCACGGAUUCGCCACCGAGGUGUUGCAGAUAUUGGUUUCUUUUCUCCGACACAAUGGAAAUGAUGAUAUUGAUAUUAAUGUUGUCAUCUCAAAUUCUGAAAGAUUGCUUGUACUGUGUCUGCUUGAAAAUAAUGGAGUGCUCCAGAUAGCAAGAGAGUUUGGUUCUCCUUCUAAAUCAAAAGGCUUUAAUGAUGAAUGGAUGAAGCCAAAUGUAUCUAGGAUUGCACAGGUUGUUGCGUCUAUUCCUGACAAAGCUAGAAUGAACUCCCCAACUUCAUUGUCAUCACAUGUAUUCUUCAGGCAGAUUAUUGUCCAAUUACUCUCCCUGGAAGAAGAAAGAGAGGUGAUAGACACCUCAGAUGAAAUAGACAAAAACGGUGCACUGUUAUUUAUAGGGGAAACUUUUUCUCGCAUUUGUCGCCGUGGUUCUGCUGAUCUUCUAGCAAGUGAAUUAAUACCCCGAGUUCUAAGGCUCGUCAACAGCUGCUUAUCAUCAAAUGACAGUUCUAUUAAUGAGGAUGUGCUUGAGUCAAAGCCAGAAGCGGUGUUUUGGUUGAAAAUGAUGGAAUCAAUCACGGAUCCUUAUACAACAGAAAGAAUCUCUGAGCAGAUUUUACAUGAACUAGCCAGGCAAGACACAAAUGAUGUUCAAGCAUAUUGGGUUCUGUGGCUGUUUUUCCAUAGAAUUUUCAAUCUUCGGGCUUCUGUCAGGUCCAUGUUUGUUGACACAUUCAUACUCUGGAAGGUAUUCCCUUUUAGUUGCCUAAAAUGGAUACUUCAAUUUGCUGUUUGUGAAUGCCCGCCUGGUACCUCUUUAUCAGGACAUAAUCGCCCUGGUCUUUUGAAGAUAAUCCAACGUCUACUGGCAAAAUGGUCUAAGAAAGAAUUUGUGCAAACAGCACCUAUUGAACAACAAGCUUGUAUCCUUUUUCAUCAUUUUAAUAUAACCGCUGGUCUUGGCCUUUCCCUAGAGACAAUGUCUAAAGAAGAAUUGGAUGGAAUGAAGGAUGCCAUGCCUUUGAUUCUUCAAGGAGUUAGCUGUAGGUUGGAGAGUCCUAAUCAUUUAGUUCGAAAAAUGGCUAGGAAUAUUGCUUUGGCAUUGUCUAAAAUUAUUGAUCCAAAAAAUCCUCUGUACCUUGAUGAUAGCUGCGAUGGGGAGACAAUAGAUUGGGCAUUUGGAUUCACUGACCCCAAGAAAAGGACACUGACUGCUUCAAAUUCUAGAAAAAUAGGUGUUGAGGAAACACAGAUAUCUACAAUUUCAGGUUCAGAGAGGGACUCUGGUUCCCUUCCCAAUAAAGAGAAAGGCAUUAGUGUAAAGGGUAAAAAGAAGUUAUUGGAUUUUAAUGUGCUUGAUCCAGAUGAGAUUGUUGAUCCAGGAUCACUGAAUCUUGAAUCAGAUACUAAUAGUGAGGUCGAUGACGAUGAUAGUGCAAGUGAGAACUCAUAUUCCUCAAGUGAUUCAUCUUUACAGCCGUAUGAUUUGUCAGACGAUGACUCAGAUUUAAAAAGAAAAAUUUCACAGUUAUCUGAUGUAGUUGCCGCUCUUCGAAAAUCCGAUGAUGCUGAUGGGGUGGAAAGAGCUCUUGAUGUAGUGGAAAAGCUCAUAAGAGCAUCCCCAGAUGAACUAAAACACGCUGCAAGGGAUCUUACCAGAACUCUUGUUCAGGUUCGUUGCUGUGAUAUAGCUUUAGAAGGUGAAGAAGAUUCAACAGAAGACAAAAGGCAAAGAGCAUUAAUUGCCUUGGCAGUCACGUGCCCAAUUGAAUCACUUGACACACUGCACAAUCUUUUGUAUUCACCUAAUGUAGAUAUUAGUCAACGCAUAAUGAUACUGGAUGUCAUGACAGAAGCAGCUCAGGAGCUUGCUGAAUCAAAAAUUACGAAGCCCAAACACGAGACUAGUUCUCUUGUAUCGGUUGUUUCAGAUACCCGACCUUGGUUCUUGCCUAGCAGUACAGGGACUCCUGGAACUGGUUCCUGGAAAGAGAUUUCAGGUACUGGCACUUUUUUGAAUUGGUCAAACAGCUUUGAGAGAGAACUUCCCUCAAAACCUAAUCAGGUCAAGAAAGGGAAAAGACGCCGUUGGAGCCUGAGAUCACCUUCUGCCCAACAAAACCUGAUGGAGUGUUCUCAUAACAAGUUUCCCAUGUAUGCUGCUGCUUUCAUGCUUCCUGCUAUGGAGGGUUAUGAUAAAAAAAGACACGGUGUUGACUUGCUUGGCAGGGAUUUUAUUGUCUUGGGGAAACUCAUUUAUAUGCUUGGGGUUUGUAUGAAAUCUGCAGCCAUGCAUCCAGAAGCGUCUGUGCUGGCUCCUUCCCUUCUGGAUAUGUUAAGAUCCAGAGAGGUAUGCCAUCACCAGGAAGCAUAUGUGAGAAGAGCCGUCCUUUUUGCAGCUGCAUGCAUAUUGGUUGCUCUUCAUCCAGCCUACGUAUCAUCUGCCUUACUCGAAGGAAAUGUUGAAAUUUCCAAUGGCCUUGAAUGGAUUCGCACAUAUGCCCUUGAUGUAGCUGAUUCUGACACAGAUAAAGAAUGCUAUACGAUGGCUAUGACAUCUUUACAACUCCAUGCUGAGAUGGCUCUUCAAACUUCCCGAGCACUGGAAUCAGCAAGAAGUUCAUUCAGGGCAAGCCCUACUCUUCGUUCGGAUGCAUCCAAAGUGAACAUUAAAAUUCCCUACCUAAAUGGGAAUUAGUGAUCCUACUGGUUAUUCUGAAUGACUUCAUUUGUUUAACCCAGAAUAUGAAUUCAAAAUUGUGUUGAACAUCUAUUUGCUACUUGAUUUCCUUGUUUAUCUAACUUUUCCUUUUUUGUUAUUCAUUUGAAAUUUGUAUAUAUUUUAGGUAUCUAAUUUAACAAUUAGUAUGAUGCCGAUGUUCAUAUAGUCAUCCCAAAUUCAUUAUUUAAUUUGAGGCGUUCUUCGUCUUUGUCUAC